AUGUCUGAACAAGUUUCUGUUGCAUUCGUUUGUCUUGGAAACAUUUGUAGAUCUCCAAUGGCUGAAGCAGUGUUCAAGCAUGUCGUCAAAGAAAAAGGGUUGCAAGAUAAAUUCAAAAGGAUUGAAUCAUUUGGUACAGCGGGAUACCAUGUUGGCGAAAGUCCCGAUUCAAGAAGUGCAUCUACUUGUAGGAAAAACGGGGUCCCAAUUUCUCAUUCUGCCCAACAAAUAAAGAGUAAACAUUUCAAAGAGUUUGAUUACAUCAUUUGCAUGGACGAAUCUAAUCUGAGAAAUCUAAAAAGGAUACAACCAAAGGAGCCUAAAGCUCAAUUGUCUCUGUUUGGAAAGUGGAACACGGAUAAUAAGUUCCAAGAUAUUGUGGAUGAUCCGUACUAUGGGGGAAAUGAAGGAUUCGAGUACAAUUUCAAACAGGUAUGGUAUUUCAGCGAACAAUUUCUUGAAUUGGAGUCGUAA